UGGGUUAGCUGUAUAGAAACAUAUACAAUCUCAGACCACUGCAAUCCUUUUCUCUCUGAAAAUUUUCAGGUCUUGCGUAAAAUACGAACAGAGCUGAAUACAGUCACUGGUGGCAAUAGAUCGAUUUCAUUAUCUGACAGAGAUCACACUCAAUACCUGAACUGGACUAUACUGGAAAUACAUCGGCUAGCGUCCAUACUAAAUUUGAAUCUGUUCCGCAAAACCAAGGAAAAUGGCGUUGUCGGUGGGCAUCCCGUUCCUAAAGGCACUCCAAUUGCUGCAGAAUUGUCGAUGAUAAUGAAGGACGAACAAAUCUUCGAAGAGGCUAACAAGUUCUAUCCUGAACGGUAUAGACAAGGCGGCAAGACAUUGGAACAGCAAGUGAUUCCUUUUGGUCUUGGUAAACGAUCAUGUAUAGGUGAAAACUUGGCAAAAGCGGAGAUUUUCUUGUUCUAUCCUGAACGGUAUAGACAAGGCGGCAAGACAUUGGAACAGCAAGUGAUUCCUUUUGGUCUUGGUAAACGAUCAUGUAUAGGUGAAAACUUGGCAAAAGCGGAGAUUUUCUUGAUUUUGGCCAACUUGAUUUCUCGUUACCAAAUGUUCGAGGAUCCUGAAGCUCCGAUCGACAUGACAACCUCGUCACCAAUUGGAAUGAUGCAUCGGCCUAAAAAUUUCAACAUUAUUUUGAAACCGACUUUUUGGGUUUGA